GAAUUCGUUUCUUUCUUUCUGUUGACCUAAAAAACUUGCGGAGAAGGAGAGAGAGAGAGAAGGAGAUGGGAAUAAUCAAGAGCUGCUUCUCCCUGUUGACGGGUAUUGCUUUCGGCGUUUACUUGGCUCAGAAUUACAACGUACCCAACAUCAGGAAGCUCACCAACACUAGUCUCGUCGUCGCCAAGCACAUCGAGGAGAACUAUCGCAAGCCCAAGAAGGACGACGUCGAAUGAUUCGGAAUCUAAAGGUUGAAACUUUAAAGAGGUUUUGUCUCAGUUGUUGAUUUAACUUCAAAAGGUUUGAUGUAAUUUUGACAUGUUCUGGAUCCAUUGAAGUGGGACUAAUGUUCUCUUCAAUUCUUGUUUUAUUUAUACUGAUUUAAACACAGCUCUCACUGUACAUGUCAUGAUCAUAUUCUCUUUUUGUUUCUUUGGCAAGAUGUAAUAACCACAAACCCCUCCGAAUAUCUUGUUUGAUAAAAGGAUUAUUGGUUUA